UUUUCCAGAUUGCUGUACUGUUUGUAGUUUGUAAAGAUGAAAAGAUCAGGAGGUGAAACAUCGAGUGAUGAUUGCAAGCAGGCAAAGGUGUUAAAAUCUAAUGAAUCAGUAGAUACUGCAGAAAACAUUAAUGAUGACGAGAGGCAUUACCCAGAAAAAGUAAAAAUGUCUGAUGCUGAUGAUAAACACAACUCAUCUCCAUCAAAAGAUAGAGUCUCAGUAAUGAAGAAGAAAAUUUCUUCCUCUGAUAAUUUAGAAGAUUCAAGCUCUAGACGAGGCAAAGAUGGGCAAAACUCUUCUCCCGAAAAUAAUGAAAGUUCAGGUUCCAAAGGGGAAGAAAAAAGGUACCACUCUUCUACACACAAAGAUAAAUCUCGAGGUUCCAGUCAUGACAGAGAUACAAGUAAGCACCACUCUUCUCCACAUAAAGAUAAAUCUCGAGGUUCCAGUCGUGACAGAGAUAAGCACCAUUCUUCUACACACAAAGAUAAAUCUCGAGGUUUCAGUCGUGACAGAGAUAAGCACCAUUCUUCUACUCACAAAGAUAAAUCUCGAGGUUCCAGUCGUGACAGAGAUAAGCACCAUUCUUCUACACACAAAGAUAAUUCUUCAGGCUCCAGACAGGACAGAGAUAAGCAACACUCUUCUUCUCACCCCAAAGAUAAAUCUUCAGGCUUCGGAGGAGACAAGGAUAGACAUCUUUCUUCAUCACGCAAAGAUAAAUUUACAGGAUCCAGGAAGCAUAAAGAUAUCAGUGAAUACUUUUCUGCAAGUUCCAGUCCCAGACGUAACCAAGAUGAGCAAAAGAACUCCAACCCAGAUUACCCCUCAAGUUCCCAAAAAGUAAAAAGUCCAAGGAGAGAAUCUCGGUUUAAUUCUGUUGAUUUGAUUGAGAAAACAAAGUUAAAUUUACAAGACAGCAUAACUUUAAUGAAACAAGAUUACUCAAAGGACAGAAAAGAACACUUUCAUUUCUUUUUUGGAAAGGUUUCGCCGUUCAGUAACUUUCAUCCAGCUAAAUUUGACCUUGAUGGGGUCACCUAUAGCUGCAGUGAGCAGUAUAUGAUGCAUCAAAAAGCAGUGAUAUUUCAAGAUCCAUAUCAUGCCAAUGAAAUAAUGAAAGCAACAGAUCCAGUAAAAAUGAAAAAACUAGGAAGACAAGUGCAAAAUUUUGAUGCCAAACACUGGGCUAACAUCAGUGAAAAGGUUGUGAAGAGGGGGAUUAUGGCAAAGUUCAAACAGAAUAAAAAUCUAAUGAGAGCAUUGAUUGCCACAUUCCCCUGCAUUCUGGUGGAAGCUGCACCACGUGAUCGAUUGUGGGGAAUCGGACUUGGUGCGCAAAACCCCAAAGCUCACAGCCGAAAAUCCUGGAGAGGAAAGAACAAACUUGGCUACUUACUUACAAAUAUUAGGAAUGAAAUCAUGAGGAAUGAGGGACUAUUUUCUUGACAUUUUUCACUGUAAAAAUUUUAAUGAAGAUUUUAUGUUUUCUGUAUAUUAUGUAAAGUAUACUAAGAGUGCAGUACAUGUGUAUGUGCUAGCUUCACAAUCGCUUUUUAUUAUGGUGCCACAUCAGGAUGUGUGCGCCCUUUAGUAAUCACCAUGCAGGUUUGUCUGUCAUCAACACAUUUUACGGGACGAUAAAGUCGUUAACUUUCAACCCAUAUAGAUAUCAUAUUUAAUGCAUUGUUUGAGGAUGGUUUAGAGGAUUGGGCCUACAGGUUUUGUAAGUCAAUUGGUCAAAUGUCAAGGUCAGAAUAGUUACCAUUAUCAUAAUACAUAUAUGUGAUAUUUAUGCAAUAUUUAGUAUUUUUCUUAUCUUACCAACAACACUUACCAUAGGUAGAGAAUGGUUAAAGGAAGACACCAAAAUGAAGGUCAAGGUCAAAACAAAAGAUUAUUACCAUAAACAUUGUGGUGCAGUAACUUAGACAUUUUGAAACCUACUUUGUGUAUAGUAAAUCUACAUAUCCCUUCUACACACUUUGUAUUUAGUAUAUAAGUAGAGAAUGGGUAAAGGAAAAGGCCUACAGGUUUUAGGAUCACUUACUCAACUUUGACAUUUUGUAAUCUACAGACUUCAUAUGUAGAGGUAGAUGGAAACUGGUUAAAGUGAGGUAUCUAUAGGUUUGUGGGUCACUUCAUAAAGAUUGAGAUUAUGGAUUUGAUAUAUUGUUGUGUAUGUAUAAAUGGUUAUUCUAUUGUUCAAAUCACUUGAACAUGUCAUCUAAUUCACUGCACAAUUGAAAGAGACUCCUAUAGGUUCUGAGGACACUUGAAAGACCAUUGUUUAAAUUAUUUAUAUAAGCAUACUGUGGGACCCUUUAUGACUUAGUCAGUU